GGGACGGAACACAUCCUGGUCAAUUCGGCGACCGAAGAUGCAUGGGCGGCCAACAUGACCGUACAGCCCUCUGACGGUCGUAUAUAAUCUCGCUCGCUCAAUGGAGCGACCAUUUGCGCGGCGCUUCCAGCGACCGCAGACAGUAGCCAGAGAUUAUUAACUUGAGCGCGCCCGUGGAUCCAGCCUCAGCGACGUCGCAGCGCUUCCGGCGCGACGCCAUGCUGGCACUGUUCUUCUGCUUCACGGCAUUCGUUCUUCUCCUUUUUGUAACGAUCUCUUCCCCGACGUGGGACAGCAUAUCCUUCCUUAAUAUCUCUACCGACUACGGCACGACGCACUUCGGCGUCUUUGGCUUCUCGGGCGGGAAGGUUCACGUCGGCUUCCACUUCCUCGUGCCCGUCAUCGGCUACGAUUACCUGGCCAUCGAGGGCAGCCAUCUUCAUGCGCUGACUUAUACACUGGUCUUGUAUCCCAUUGCGACUGGCAUCUCCGCUUGUGCGCUCGUUGCGGGCGUGGGCGCUACCCACAACCGCCGCGCGGGGACGAACAUCAUGACUCUCCUUGCGGGUCUUGCGCUCCUUCUUGCGUCGGCUGCGUGGGUGCUGUCCAUGGUCCUAUUUGGUACCGCUCGAAGUCGCUUCGAUGAGCAGGGUAUUGCUGCUGGGUGGGGCAACGCCAACUGGAUAGGCAUUGGUGCGCUUGUGGCACUUUUAGUAGCUUUUGUCGCAGCCUGGAGAGACCGACGAUGAUCCCAGCCGAAGUUGGAAGGCGGUACUCAGGAUGCUUGAUG